AUGGGCAGCAUACGCUGUUAUGUUUCAAUUGCAGGUGUUUUAGGUGAUACCAGACGACCAGAUAAAACAAGUGUAUCAACCCGGUUUGCAAGCUGCUGUGGGUACGUUCUUACUUGUUGGGGUGAUGGCAAGCUCUAUAUCUUUCUUGAGCUCGUAAUGGAAGGUUCGUUGGCAAAACUGUAUGAGAGGUAUGAACUGCAGGAUUCCCAAGUUUCUAUUUACACCAGGAAGAUUUUGAGUGGUUUGAAUUACCUGCAUGAUCGAUUAGUAGUUCAUAGGGAUAUCAGAUGUGCUAAUAUAUUGGUAGAUGUUAGUGGAUCGGUGAAGCUUGCARAUUUUGGAUUGGCAAAGGAAUGCUUAUCAAUAUCCUUCUCCACUCGAGUUAGAAAGCUUUCAAGUACAUAUUACACUGCCUUCACUCUCGCUUCGCUUGUAUCCACAAAUAUCUCCAAAGGAUUUUGUACUCAGCCAACUGGAAUAYUGGAUUAUAGUCCAUUUGAUCCUACUGAAAUUGCUUAA